AUGCCGCCAAGGCGUAAUCCCCAACCUGCUGCCCCAGCUUUCGAUAUGGAACAAUUUGCUGCCAUGUUCCAAGCCUUUCAAAAUGCCCAAAAUCCUCCACAGGAUCCAAAUGCAGCUCAACAACGCCUGACAUUGCUUGAAAAGUUCAUGAAGCAGAAACCUCCUACUUUUAUUGGCGAACCAGAUCCAGUAGCCGCCGAGCAAUGGUUAAAGAGCAUCAAAAAGAAACUCCGAACUUUAGGAAUUCCACCGGAAUACUGUGUUGAUUUUGCAACCUACAUGUUUGAAGGAAAAGCGGAGCAAUGGCUAGAAAGUCAGGGGGAAGACUAUGAUAUACCUAAUCUUCCUUGGGAUGAGUUUAAGGCACUGUUCAAGAGGACGUUUAUUCCUGAGAACCAUCGACUGAGGAUGAUCAGAGAAUUUGAUGACUUGGUACAGGGUGAUAUGACAGUAGCACAAUAUCAUGCCCGGUUUAUCGAUCUAUCUCGUUACAAUCCUGGCGCAGUUGCAGACCCUAUGGCUAGGUGUGAGAAAUUCUGA